ACUUCUGCAAUAGUAUGUGAAAAUAAAUCACAUUUCAGCCCAGAGUAAAAUUACAUUGGAUGUCAUGGACCUGAAAGCCAGGAAAAUGCUUAAGGCAUGGCACUAAAUCUGUCACAUACUGUAGGCUAUGAAGUGCCACCUGUCCCUGAAGUAUGCCCUUCAGCUAGCCAAGCUGUCAGUAGCAGUGUUUGACCUCCAAAUGCUAACAACCUCCACAUAAUAUUUUGCCAAUUUAGACAAAAUAUCAUGUAUAUAUUCAAACGCAAACAAUCCAGCCUAUCAGUUCCCUCAUACAGGACGGCCCACCUCUCAUAUGUUGUUCUGUCAGUAGAAUUAAUUGUGCCUAAUUGUAAAGGCAUGUCCUUUUGUGGAGAGGAUUUGCUGUGGUAAAUGUGCCCUGGGGAGUGUGCAAAGGGAAAGUGUUUAGGCAUGCAGCCUCUCUGUGGCCUCUGUUAGCUUGAGCACACACUCUGGAAUGUUGACACUCACACACAUGUGCAAAUACUGCCAUACUAUCAGCCACUGAGUCCCAUAGUCUCACUUCAAAGGCAGCGGAAACACACAUGCACAGCGCAGACAUUUUCAAAUAUGCACACUCCUAGAAAUGACAUUCAUUGUAAAAAAAACAAUGAAUUUUCCCCCACUUAUGUCUUUGGAUGUUUUGACAUUUAGUUGGAUUUUGUUAUCACUUUACCUAAGUUUGGGUUAGGGUUAGGCACUGGCAAGCAUGCUUCUCUUAUUUGUUACAGGUUGGUCUGUUUUCGCUUGUGUGCUGUAAAUGUCACUUUUUUGUGCAUGCGUGCAUGUUUGUUUUUUCGAACAUCCUUGUCUAGCAUGUCUUAGUGUGAUCUUGAGGCAUCGCUGGGGGAGUUCUCAGCCAGUCAGCUUCAUUAUACCCACUAAUUACAGCAAGAGUAGUUUCCAGAGCAGCUGUUCCACUCUCCCUCCAGCCCUCCAUCCAGCCACGUAUCCAUCCAUCCAUCACACUUAUGCUCUCUUUAUCUCUUUCAUUCUCCCAUCUGAGUGUACCAAAGUCUCCACAGCUCCUUCCCCCCCCUACCUUCAUGAGAUCGGUGCUUGUGAUGAAGAGAAUUGAAUCAGCAAUUAUCUCUAAGCAAUACCAUCUGAUGGUGAUUUGAAGAACUGCAGCAGAUUUCCAGUGUACCUGUUUACCAUCCAGCACUUUGCUGUUCCCCUCGGCUGCUGCUGAUCGGCGGAUAUAAUCGCAUCAGUGCUCCAAACAAAAUGGCUUCCACAGUGAGAAAAUGUCAGCGCCUGUUUUUAACACUCAUCCUUCUCCCUUUGAUCUACUGCAUGCACCCAGACUGUGUCAUUCAGUUAGAGAAAGAGAAGUGCAUGGAAAGGAUAGCCAUGGAUGACCCUAUCAGUGAACCUGAAUUGGUCUGCCGAUGGAUGUGGGACAACCUCACCUGCUGGCAGCCAGCAAAAAUUGGUCAAGUGGUCUGGAUGCCCUGUCCUGAGCUAUUUGAAGUCAUGAGUCAGGAGAAUGAUGAGUUUGGAAGGGUCAGUCGUAACUGCACCGAGGAUGGCUGGUCAGAGAUGUUCCCUCACUACGUUGAUGUUUGCCCUUUUAAUGAAAAUGGAACAAGUCCAGACAUGUACUAUGUGUCAGUAAAGGCUCUGUAUACUGUGGGUUACAGCACCUCACUGGUGUCUCUCACCACUGCCAUGGUCAUUCUCUGCAGGUUCAGGAAGCUGCAUUGCACCAGGAAUUUCAUUCAUAUGAACUUGUUUGUGUCCUUCAUCCUGAGGGCCAUCUCAGUCUUCAUUAAAGACGGCAUUUUAUAUGCAGAGGAGGACAGCAGCCAUUGCUUUAUACACACCGUGGAGUGUAAAGCAGUGAUGGUAUUUUUUCAUUAUUGUGUCUUGUCAAACUACUUCUGGCUGUUUAUCGAGGGCUUGUAUCUUUUUACGCUGCUUGUUGAGACAUUCUUUCCUGAGAAAAGAUACUUCUACUGGUACACCAUUAUUGGAUGGGGUACUCCAACAAUCUGUGUGGCUGUCUGGGCAGUCUUAAGAGCUCAUUUUGAUAACAUUGGUUGCUGGGAUAUUAAUGACAGUGCUGCCAUCUGGUGGGUGAUCAAGGGUCCUGUUCUUGCCUCUAUCAUGAUCAACUUUAUACUCUUUAUUGGCAUCAUUAUAAUCCUGGUGCAGAAGUUGCAGUCUCCAGAUAUUGGAGGGAAUGAGUCCAGCAUUUAUCUGCGUCUGGCUCGCUCCACUCUUCUUCUCAUUCCUCUAUUUGGAAUUCACUAUACCGUGUUUGCUUUCACACCAGAAGAUGUCAGCAAAAGAGAAAGACUCGUGUUUGAACUUGGUCUUGGUUCUUUUCAGGGUUUUGUAGUAGCUGUCCUUUACUGCUUUCUUAAUGGAGAGGUGCAAUCAGAAAUCAAACGAAAAUGGCGCAGCUGGACGGUGAACCGGUACUUUGCUGUGGAUAUGAAACACAGGCAUCCGUCCCUGGCCAGCAGUGGUGUGAAUGGGGGCACACAGCUCUCCAUCCUCAGCAAGAGCAGCUCACAGAUCCGUAUGUCCAGCCUGCAGGCUGAAACACCGGCCACAUGAGUGCUCAGAGGACCAGACUCCUUAGAACUAGAGCUACAAAAUAACCUACGUCAACAUCCAAGUCCUGUUUCAUCUUUUGAGUCUGUAUAGUGUCGGUUGAAGCUGUAAUAUCUGUCAACCGUCCAUAGAUGACAGGCUUUUGCUAUGAAACUCUGAGGAGCUCACAACCAAUGUUCUAUUGUGUGCCAAGCGAACAUGGAUACCUUUGGUGCAGACUUACGGAUGAAUCAGAUUUGAUCUGAACUGAAAGGAAUUACAGGCCGAGGGGAAAUAACGAAUCCAUAGCAAUCCAGUAUUUAGGAUGUUUUCACCCAGAAAGCUUUAGUUCGUGAACAAGGUGGAUAUUUUUGUACAUAUCAACAUCACAAGAGUCUCUCAUGUUUUUGUUUCUCUGUCUGUGAAGAUUUGUGACAGUUCGAGAUUCUCAACAGACAGUAGCCGACCUCACCGCAAUGGGAUGUGGGACAUGAAAAGUAAUUUUUGAAGGAGAAGAAACCACAUAUUUCACACAGGAGCUUAAUGAAUAACUGAUCCCCAGUUCCUAAUACCAAUUUAAUAUGUAAAUAUUUUCAUAUGUUGUAAUUGUAGAAUGAAGGACUGAAGGAAAAUCAAGUUUAAGGACUACAAAGUUUAAGGAUCCACAGUGUUGGAAUCUUUUACACAGUCAAAGCUAACAUUAGCAAAGAAAAACUAGCAUUUGAAACCUCAUUAAAACAGUGAGUAACUUAACUUGUCAAUUUGUUUUCAUGAGUGGAUUCCUCUUGUACUUGUACAUGUGCUCCUAUUUUUUUAAACAGCCGCUAGUACAGAAAAUGUCAGUUAGGAUACAACAUUGCAACAGGGUUCAUGCAUAUUAAUAUAUAACUGGGUAAUAUGGGUGUAAUAGAUUUGUAAUAUGUAUGUUGAGUCCUCCCCCACAAAAUUCUAUUACUACUAUAGCUGUCAUACAGUGAAUUUACAGCAAAGAAUUAUGAAACUUUACACUCAUAUCAUGAAUCAAUUCUUUUUAAGCUAAUUUUUUUCUGUUUAAAGGCUGAGCAUUUUCUUACAGCUUUUCUGACUCAUAAUAAUUGAUCUUUUGCUCAUUUUGUAAUUUAAUGUCAUAAAAGCUUUUACAAAGAGAGCACUUUUAAAAUUCCAAAGAAGAUUUUUUUGAAUAUUUGACCCCUUAAGACGUCGUUUGCCGUACAAGUUUGCAAGUCUUUGCGACUGAUGUCACUGCAUACAAAGAUGUUUUUUGCUUCUUCAAAGUGCCUUUUUUGCACAAAAGAGACAACUGUUUGGUUUUACAAAGACAAACUGCAACACAUAACUGCAUCCCUCUGUGAAAGUGCUUUUAUUAUGCUUCAGCAAACCAAGAGGCCUUCAGAGAAUUCAAGCUAGGUUUUUUUUUUCUUUUCUUUUCUUUGGCAUAUCUUUCUACAGGCCUUCAAUUUUCUUUCAGCAAUGCUGAAGAAAGAAAGAAAAAGUUUGUGCAUUAUGUAAUUUGAUAUAAAAAAAAAAAAAACAAUUCCAAAAA